UAAAAUUUUAUUACAUUUUUUCUUCAUGUAAUUCUUUUUUUGUUUCGUCCAUUGAAAUUUGACCCACUAGAACAAGUUAGCUACGUAAUGGCUGCAAUUAAAUAGAUACUACUUAUCAAGUAGCCACGGACUCACGGAUCAUAUCUAUAAAUGAUGUCUCUCCCAAAAAUAUAUACAUGCUUUCUCGAGUCGGUAUACAAACUCCUUUCUAGCAUUUAUAGCCAACUCUGGCUUCUUCUUGUUCCUCCUCUAUUUGUUUUCUUCUUCAUCAAAAAUAUGUGUCUCACGGAGGUUUUAGGCAAAUGUUUUGGAUUGAAAGAUGAUGAUCAUCGGAAUAAACAGAUAAUCAGAGUUAAAGGAACAGUUGUUUUGAUGAAGAAAAAUAAGCUGGAUUUAACUGAUUAUGGUGCUUCGUUACUUGACCGUGUUCAUGAGUUGUUUGGUAAUGGUGUUUGUUUACAGCUUAUCAGUUCUGAUAAUGCUGACAAAGACAAUGAAAUGCGAGGAAAAGUCGGUAAAGAAGCGUAUUUAGAAGAAUGGGUGAACAAAAUAACAUCAUUGACGGCUGGAUUAUCAGAAUUCCACGUUACAUUUGAAUGGGAUGAAUCAAUUGGAAUUCCUGGUGCAUUUUUCAUCAAGAAUUUUCAUCACAGUGAAUUCUUUCUCAAGACUUUGAUCCUAGAAGAUGUCCCAGGAAGUGGUCCUAUUCAUUUUGUUUGCAAUUCUUGGAUUUACCCUUCCAAACAUUACAAGUAUCCUCGAAUUUUCUUUUCUAACCAGAGUUACCUGACAAGCAACACACCAGAAGCGUUACUUAAAUAUAGAGAAGAUGAACUCAAAAUACUUAGAGGAGAUGGGGCAGGAGAACUUCAGUCAUGGGAUCGAGUGUACGAUUAUGCACUGUACAAUGAUUUGGGAACCGACCGUCCCAUUCUCGGAAAUUCUACUGAGUUGCCUUACCCUCGGCGAGGAAGGACGGGGAGAAAACCAGACAAAAAAGAUCCAAAUUACGAAACUCGGUUAUUUAUAUUGAACCUGAACAUAUACAUUCCAAGAGAUGAAAAAUUUAGUCAGUUGAAGUUCUCAGACUUUCUAGCUUAUGCGGUAAAGGCACUGGGUCAAGUCGUUCGUCCAGAAAUUAAAGCAAUAUUUGACAAAACACCUAAUGAAUUCGAUAGCUUCGACGACGUGCUGCAUCUUUACGAAGGAUACCAGGGACGGCCAGUUAAUCAAACUGGAGAUUCCCAUUUGUUGUCAUCAAAUUGGAGCCUCAACUUAGAGUUUAUUAAAGAACUCUUCCGUUCUGACGGCGAAAAACCCCUCAAAUUCCCUAAGCCCGAAGUGAUCCAAGCCAAUGAAUUUGCUUGGAGGACUGACGAAGAAUUCGGACGCGAAAUGCUUGCAGGAGUUAACCCAGUUUCUAUCCGCCUUCUUCAGGAGUUUCCACCAACUAGUAAACUUGACACCACUCUAUACGGAGACCACACCAGUUCAAUAACCAAAGAACAUAUUGGGAAGAACUUGAAUGGGAUUACAGUUAAUGAGGCAUUAGAGAAAAACAAGUUGUUUAUAUUAGAUCAUCAUGACGAAUUGAUCCCGUACUUGAACCGAAUAAAUGCAACGGGGACGAAAACGUAUGCUACUAGGACAAUCCUCUACUUACAAGAAGAUGGGACCUUAAAGCCUUUGGCUAUUGAGUUGAGUCUGGUGCACCCUGAUGGCGAAAUCCAUGGUGCUAUUAAUAAGGUCUACUCACCGGUUCAAGAAGGUGUCGAGGGUUCAAUAUGGCAGUUGGCCAAAGCUUAUGCAGCUGUGAAUGACUCUGGCGUCCAUCAACUCAUUAGCCACUGGUUGUAUACACAUGCGGUAAUUGAGCCGUUUGUUAUUGCUACUAAUAGACAACUGAGUGUUCUCCACCCAAUCUUUAAGCUUUUGCAACCUCAUUUUCGAGAUACGAUGCAUAUAAAUGCUUUGGCUCGUCAUAUUCUCAUCAAUGCCGGCGGUUUUGUUGAGCGAACUGUCUUUCCAGAAAAGUAUGCCAUGGAACUGUCUGCUACGAUCUAUAAAGGAUGGAAUUUCACAGAACAAUCACUCCCACAAAAUCUCCUGAAAAGAGGAAUUGCAGUUCAAGACCCUAGCAAACCACACGGUUUACGUUUAUUGAUCGAAGACUAUCCGUAUGCAGUGGACGGGCUUGAGAUCUGGUCAGCAAUUGAAAAAUGGGUCUAUGAAUAUUGUUCGUUCUACUAUCCUACUGACGACUUGAUCCAAGGUGAUACAGAGCUGCAGUCAUGGUGGGAGGAUCUCAGAACCAAAGGUCAUAGUGACCUGAAAGAUGAACCAUGGUGGCCAAAAAUGCAAACCUUGUCAGAGUUAACUCAAUCAUGCACCAUAAUUAUUUGGAUAGCCUCAGCACUUCAUGCAGCAGUGAACUUUGGAAUGUACGCAUAUGCAGGUUACCUGCCAAAUCGCCCAACCGUGAGCAGACGAUUCAUGCCUGAGAUAGGGGAUCCCGAGUAUGUUGAACUUGAGACGAACCCAGACGCGGUUUUCUUGAAAACUAUCACUAGCCAGUUACAAACACUUCUUGGUAUAUCCCUCAUUGAAGCUUUAUCUAAGCAUUCUGCUGAUGAAAUAUACCUUGGACAAAGAGAUUGCCCUGAUUAUUGGACUAAAGAUGCAACACCACUUGAUGCGUUUAAGAGAUUUGGAGAAAAGUUGGUGCACAUUGAGAAUAAAAUCCUGGAGAUGAACAAUGCAGAGGAAUAUAAGAAUAGGUUUGGACCGGUAAAAAUACCAUACACUUUAUUAUGCCCUUAUCCUUUACCAUCUGAUCCUCUUGGACUUACAGGCAGGGGAAUACCCAACAGUACCUCCUUAUAAAGGAAAACAUUAGUCUCAUUUUAUUAUGUGUAUUGUUUUAUUGAUUUUUUGUUUUUUUCUAUUGAUAUUUGUUUGUGAUACGAUUUUUUUUGCGAUUUCUAAUUUUUGUACAAUGGGAAAAA